AUGUGGCAUUAUAAUUGUGAUGAUCAGUUGGUGUCUGCUUUGCCUCAGUCAUCAUUCAGCAGUUCAUCAGAGCUGUCUAGCAGUCACAGCCCUGGAUUUGCAAGGCUUAAUCGAAGAGAGGGUGCUGGUGGCUGGUCUCCACUUGUGUCCAAUAAAUAUCAGUGGCUUCAGAUUGAUCUUGGUGAAAGAACUGAGAUUACUGCUGUUGCUACUCAAGGUGGUUACGGGAGCUCCGAUUGGGUAACAAGCUACCUUCUGAUGUUUAGUGACAGUGGACGAAACUGGAAGCAGUAUCGUCAAGAAGAAAGCAUUUGGGCCUUUUCUGGAAACACAAAUGCAGACAGUGUCAUAUACUAUAAGCUUCAGCAUUCUAUUAAAGCAAGAUUUCUCCGUUUUGUGCCUUUGGACUGGAAUCCGAAUGGCAGAAUUGGAAUGCGCAUUGAAGUUUAUGGAUGCACUUACAGGUCUGAGGUAGUUGGAUUUGAUGGGAAAAGUUGCCUGAUUUACGCAUUUAAUCAAAAACUCAUGAGUGCACUGAAAGAUGUGAUUUCUCUGAAGUUUAAGACAGUGCAAAGUGAUGGAGUGCUCCUCCACAGAGAAGGACAAAAUGGAGACCACAUCACCAUGGAACUAAUUAAAGGGAAGCUGUCUCUACUCAUUAAUUUAGGUGAUACUAAAACUCAUCCUUCUAAUGCCCAAAUUAAUAUUACACUGGGCAGCCUUUUGGAUGAUCAGCAUUGGCAUUCUGUUCUCAUUGAGCGCUUUAACAGUCAAGUAAACUUUACGGUGGACAAACACACUCAUCAUUUUCAUGCAAAAGGAGAAUUCAAUCAUUUGGACCUUGAUUAUGAGGGCAAUGUGUCCUUCUCAUGUUUAGAGCCGCAGGUAGUUCCUGUCACGUUUCUGAGCUCCAGAAGUUACCUGGCACUGCCAGGCACAUCAGGGCAAGAUGAAAUAUUCAUCAGUUUCCAGUUUCGCACCUGGAACAAGGAGGGAUUUCUAUUAUCUAAUAAACUACACCAGACUUCAGGUGGUUUCCUCUUAUAUCUGAGUGAUGGGAAAGUUAAAAUCAGUCUUCAUAAACCAGGAAAAGCACUGAGUGACAUCACUGCAGGUGUUGGAUUAAAUAACGGCCAGUGGCAUUCUAUAUCCUUCUCUGCCAAAAAAAAUCGUAUCAGUGUAAUAGUGGACAAUGAUGUGACCUCAUCUGCUCAUGCCUCCAUACCUCUGCAAAUUUAUUCAGGAGAUGCUUUCUACUUUGGAGGCUGUCCUAGCAAUGGAGACAUUUCUGAAUGUAAUACCUCAUUUGGUGGCUUCCAAGGAUGCAUGCGACUCAUUUCCAUUGGUAACAAAGCAGUGGAUAUGAUCUCAGUUCAGCAAAAUGUUUUUGGCAAUUUCAGUGACCUUCAGAUAGAUUUAUGUGGCAUUACAGACAGGUGUUUGCCUAAUUACUGUGAACAUGGUGGUGAAUGCUCACAGUCCUGGAACAGCUUCUACUGCAACUGUGCCAAUACUGGUUACAUGGGAGCUACUUGCCACUAUCCUAUCUAUGAGCAAUCAUGUGAAGCCUAUAAGCACAGAGGGAACACUUCAGGCUUUUAUAAUAUUGAUUCAGAUGGAAGUGGCCCGUUGAGACCGUUUCUUGUAUACUGUAAUAUGACAGAUACAACGUGGACAAUUAUACAGCAUAACAACACCAACCUAACCAGAGUCAAAAGUGCUAAUCGAGAGAACCCCCACACUGUGUUUUUCAAGUACUCUGCCAGCCUAGACCAGCUUCAGGCUACAAUUAACCAUGCAGAGCACUGUGAACAGGAACUUGCUUACCACUGCAAAAAAUCAAGGCUUUUAGAAAAGUCAGAUGGGAUGCCGCUGAGCUGGUGGAUCGGGAGAACCAAUGAAACACAGACUUACUGGGGAGGUUCCUUGCCUGCUGUACAAAAAUGUGCUUGUGGUUUAAAGGGGAGCUGCAUUGACUCCCAGCAUUACUGCAACUGUGAUGCUGACAGAGAUGAAUGGGCUAAUGAUACUGGAUUCCUUUCCUACAAGGAGCAUCUACCAGUAACUGAAAUUGUGAUCACAGAUACUGACAGACCAAAUUCUGAAGCAGCUUACAAACUGGGGCCUUUGCUUUGCCGUGGUGACAAAACAUUUUGGAAUUCAGCAUCCUUCAACACAGAGACAUCCUACCUGCAUUUCCCCACCUUCCAAGGAGAGCUCAGCGCAGAUGUCUCAUUUUUCUUUAAAACUACUGCUUCCUCAGGAGUGUUUUUAGAAAACCUGGGAAUUCAAGACUUCAUAAGAAUAGAGUUAUACUCUCCAUCUGAAGUGGUUUUUUCAUUUGAUGUUGGAAAUGGACCUAGCGAAGUUACAGUGCAAUCACUCACUUCCUUAAAUGACAACCAGUGGCAUUAUGUGAAGGCUGAACGCAACAUCAAAGAAGCAUCCUUACAAGUAGACCAGCUUCCUCAAAAGUCUCACGGUGCUCCACCCGAUGGGCAUAUUCACUUGCAGCUCAACAGCCAGCUUUUUGUAGGUGGGACAGCAUCCAGGCAGAAAGGAUUUUUGGGAUGCAUUCGUUCAUUACAGUUGAAUGGAAAGGCACUUGACCUGGAAGAGAGAGCAAAGAUAACACCAGAAGUUGAACCAGGCUGCCCUGGACAUUGUAGCAGCUAUGGUAACCUGUGUCACAAUGGUGGAAAAUGUAGAGAGAAAUACAGUGGAUUCUCCUGUGACUGCACUUUCUCUGCCUAUGCUGGGCCAUUCUGUAAGAAAGAGAUCUCUGCCUAUUUUGGGACUGGCACAUCCGUGACAUACAAUUUUCAAGAAUAUUACACCUUAGCUAAAAAUUCUAGUUCUCAUGCUUCUUCUUUCUAUGCUGACAUGACGCUGAACAAGGAAGCAAUUACGUUUGCCUUCCGAACAACACGGACACCAAGCUUACUGCUUUAUGUCAGCUCCUUCUACAAGGAAUACCUCUCAGUCAUCCUCGCCAGAAAUGGAAGUUUACAGAUCAGAUACAAGCUAAAUAGCCAUCAAGAUCCUGAUGUCUUCAGCAUCAAUAUCAAAAGCAUGGCUGAUGGACAACUGCAACAUGUGAUGGUUAACAGAGAGGAGGAAAUGCUCUUUGUAGAGGUCAACCAGAAGGAAAGAAUGAAGUUUAUUCUUUCUUCAGGCACAGAAUUCAAUGCAAUCAAGUCUCUCACACUUGGCAAGAUUUUAGAAAACAGUGAUGUAGAUGAGGAGACUAUGAAGGCAAACUCUCAGGGGUUUAUUGGAUGUCUCUCUUCAGUGCAGUUCAACCACAUUGCUCCUUUGAAGGCUGCACUGCAUCACAGCAGAUCAGCCCCUGUCGUUGUAAAGGGACACGUCACUGAAUCCAACUGUGGUACUUUAACUGGAGCUGACUCAACAUCAAGUGAAACAACCCAUUCAUUUGCAGAUCACUCUGGACCAAUAGAUGAGGGAGAGCCCUUAGCUAAUGCAAUCAGAAGUGACUCUGCAAUUAUUGGAGGUGUGAUAGCAGUCGUGAUAUUCAUUCUACUUUGCAUCACUGCCAUAGCCAUAAGCAUUUAUAAAAAAAAAGGCAUAUACUCAAAGAAUGAGGCAAAACAAUCUGAAAAUGAAGACAGUGCUGAAUCUGCACUGAAAAGUGAGCUCAGCAUGCAAAACACAGCCAAUGAAAAUCAAAAGGAAUACUUCUUCUGA